AUGGCUCGCAAACUGUCCGACUUUAAAGCCCUGUCGUUUGAUUGCUAUGGCACUCUGAUCGACUGGGAGACGGGGAUCUACGAAGCGAUCCAGCAAUUCUCAGACCGCUUCAAUAUGGGCACACCCGCAAACCGGUCAGAGCUCAUCGAAGCAUAUCUAGAAGAAGAACAUGCAAUCGAAGCAGCGGACCCGACAAUGGUGUACUCGCAAAUCGUCGCAACGGCAAUCGAGCGCGUCGUGGGUCGGUAUGCAUGUCCAGGCGCAGGGAAGUUGAGCGUCGAAGAGUUUAAACGGGCAUCCGAGUCGAUUCGAAGUUGGCAGCCGUUCCCCGAUACGAUUGACGCGCUGGCGAGAUUGAGCAAGCACUACAAGCUGAUCAUCUUAUCCAACGUGGACAAGACGUCGUUUGGAUAUACGCGGGCGACGCUGGAGCAUGGGUUUGCUUUUGACAAGAUUUUGACAGCGGAGGAGAUUGGGAGUUAUAAGCCGGAUGAGCGGAAUUUCUUGUAUAUGCUGAAGACGGCAAAGGACGAGUUUGGGGUGGACAAAGAGCAGGUACUGGUGACGGCGCAGAGCUUGAUGCAUGACCAUGUCCCUGCUAAUUCGCUGGGACUGGCGUCGUCGUAUAUCGCAAGGCGAGAGGCGCACUGUCACGUCGACAAUGUGACAUAUACGUUCAAGUUUUCAACGCUCGGAGAAAUGGCAGACGCAUUGGAAAAGGAACUCGCGACUUAA